AUGACUCAAAAACCAAACAGCUCUCAGAUGUUCAGUGGUGAGACGAUCACUCUGACAUGUGAGGUCCGGGGAGGAGAAAGCACUGAGUGGACGUAUGAAUGGAGGAGAUCUGGUUCUGUUAUACACAGCACACCCAGUAAAGACUGGACUUUUAAUGUUUCUGAGUCCAGCAGUGGAAAAUACACAUGUCAGUGUAGAAGCAGAGAUGACUGGUAUUCUUCAACAGAGUGGAGUGAAUCAAUCAUCCUGUCAGUAUCUGGAGCAGCAUCCAGCCCUUAUAACCCUCUAUUUCCUGUGCUGCUGAUUGUGGGAUCAGUUAGUGGAAUCAUUAUAAUUAUCCUCCUGGCCUUGCUGUGGCGCUCUAGACACCCCAAUGAUCGAUGCUGCAUCAGGUUAUUCCGGUCAGGAAGCAGCAAUCAGAGCUCCAGCACCAAUCAAGAAAUGAAUCAGAUGGAAACUAAUGUUUACAUCUCUUUGCAACACGCGACCUCUUCAGUCUAUGAGACGAUCCAAACCCGCAGAGCCACUGGAGGAGAGAGACCUCAUCAUUCAGAGGAAAAUACUGAUUACGCUAAUGUGAAACCACAGAAUUACAGAGUAAUUGGAGUCCUCCAUCAACAGAUGAUCCAGUCCCUCUUUCUUCGUUUCUGUGUGUUGAACACUCUCCUCAGUUGUGGAAAAACUCAAGAUGCUGUGCUGACAAUUCAGCCCAACUGGUCGACAUUUUAUAGUGGAGAGUCUGUUACUUUCAUCUGUGACAUGAAUGAAGGAGCAGAAACUGACUGGUAUUACAGUAUAAUAUGGAAUAGACGACCAUUUGUCCGCUACACUUCACAUAAAAGCUCCACAUUACGUCUCCAAACGAGUCGCAGUGGUGAAUAUAAGUGCUGUGGUUCCAGAAUCAGCUCACAUCAAACCAAGUGCAGUGAUACUAUCUCUAUAACUGUUUCAGCAGAUAAACCCACAGCCAAACUGACAGCAGGUCCAUCAACCAUACCAGUAGGGGGCAGUGUGACAAUGAGCUGCACUGUGGAGCCCUCUGCUGGAUGGAGGUACAGAUGGAUCAGAAUGACCUCAGACACCUCUGGAGAUGAAGACAGAAUAAAUAAUGAGGAAAACAGUGAAAUCACUGUGAGACAAGGAGGAAUCUACAGUUGUUAUGGAGUGAGAGGAAACCCAGACUUCAUCACAUAUUCAAGCUCUGAGGUCACUGUUGAGAUAACCUGUGAGUUUGUUAAUGAAAACUAUGAUUUAAUCACAAUAACCUUUUCCAACAAGGUUGCUGUGACUCAAAAUCUAAACAGCUCUCAGAUGUUCAGUGGUGAGACGAUCACUCUGACAUGUGAGGUCCAGGGAGGAGAAAGCACUGAGUGGACGUAUGAAUGGAGGAGAUCUGGUUCUGUUAUACACAGCACACCCAGUAAAGACUGGACUUUUAUUGUUUCUGAGUCCAGCAGUGGAAAAUACACAUGUCAUUGUAGAAGCAGAGAUGACUGGUAUUCUUCAACAGAGUGGAGUGAAUCAAUCAUCCUGUCAGUAUCUGAUAAACCUAGAGCCAAACUAACAGCAGGUCCAUCAACCAUACCAGUAGGGGGCAGUGUGACAAUGAGCUGCACUGUGGAGCCCUCUGCUGGAUGGAGGUACAGAUGGUUCAGAAGGACCUCAGACACCUCUGGAGUUGAAGUCAGAACAAAUAAUGAGGAAAACAGAGAAAUCACUGUGAGACAAGGAGGAAUCUACAGUUGUUAUGGAGUGAGAGGAAACCCAGAGAUCUACACACAUUCAAGCUCUGAGGUCACUGUUAAGAUAACCUUUUCCAACAAGGUUGUUGUGACUCAAAAACCAAACAGGUCUCAGAUGUUCAGUGGUGAGACGAUCACUCUGACAUGUGAGGUCCAGGGAGGAGAAAGCACUGAGUGGACGUAUGAAUGGAGGAGAUCUGGUUCUGUUAUACACAGCACACCCAGUAAAGACUGGACUUUUAAUGUUUCUGAGUCCAGCAGUGGAAAAUACACAUGUCAGUGUAGAAGCAGAGAUGACUGGUAUUCUUCAACAGAGUGGAGUGAAUCAAUCAUCCUGUCAGUAUCUGCAGAUAAACCCAGAGCCACACUGACAGCAGGUCCAACAGUCAUACCAUUAGGAGGCCAUGUGAUACUGAGCUGCUCUGUACAGACCUCUGCUGUUUGGAAAUACAGAUGGUUCAGACGAACCUCAGACACCUCUGAAGUUCAAAUAGGAAUAAAUAAGAAAGAAAGCAGAGAAAUCACUGUGAGACAAGGAGGAAUCUACAGGUGUGAAGGAGUGACAGGAAACCCAGACUUCUACACACAUUCAAGCUCUGAGGUCACUGUGGAGAUAACCUUUUGCAACAAGGUUGCUGUGACUCAAAAACCAAACAGCUCUCAGAUGUUCAGUGGUGAGACGAUCACUCUGACAUGUGAGGUCCAGGGAGGAGAAAGCACUGAGUGGACGUAUGAAUGGAGGAGAUCUGGUUCUGUUAUACACAGCACACCCAGUAAAGACUGGACUUUUACUGUUUCUGAGUCCAGCAGUGGAAAAUACACAUGUCAGUGUAGAAGCAGAGAUGACUGGUAUUCUUCAACAGAGUGGAGUGAAUCAAUCAUCCUGUCAGUAUCUGGAGCAGCAUCCAGCCCUUAUAACCCUCUAUUUCCUGUGCUGCUGAUUGUUAGUGGAAUCAUUAUAAUUAUCCUCCUGGCCUUGCUGUGGCGCUGUAGACACCCCAAUGAUCGAUGCUGCAUCAGGUUAUUCCGGUCAGGAAGCAGCAAUCAGAGCUCCAGCACCAAUCAUGAAAUGAAUCAGAUGGAAACUAAUGUUUACAUCUCUUUGCAACACGCGACCUCUUCAGUCUAUGAGACGAUCCAAACCCACAGAGCCACUGGAGGAGAGAGGCCUCAUCAUUCAGAGGAAAAUACUGAUUACGCUAAUGUGAAACCACAGAAUUAAAGAGCAAGAUGAAGGUCAGGUAAUCAUUUCCUUUGCUUACACUGUCAG